CUUCCCCAUCGAGGGCUGCUGGGCUAGGCCUGACUCAGCGGGUCGCCGAUAAAAAAGAUAACAGUUCCCCGCGAUAUUCAAUUUGGUUUUUUGCAUAUUGCGCAAGACAAAUUACAGCCCCCUCUUCCAAUGGCUCGCAGUCGCCCCCUUCCACUCUCCGAAGAGUGGGAGGAUCCCGACAUCUAUGUCAAAGAGCUCCUUGGCUUCGCGACGACCAAUCUCCUAUUCAUGAACCUGUGCGGUGGCGUGCACAUCCUCGAUUUUUUGACCCGCGAGCCCGAUCUAUACACGACUCUUCUCCCAGAAGAAUGGCGAGCAUUUUUCGAACACCAUGACAUUCACGAUAUACUGCAAUUGCUUCUGCGAGAAGAUAUUGGGCCUUUGCGCGCAAACGCGACCGACGGAGACGCCAGCGCAGGCGCUCGAACAUGGAAAGACGGCGCAUUUCCUCCGCAGAGCCUGCUGGACUACAUUCACCAAGUUCGUCGACUUAGUCUUCGCCGGGAAUUUGACUUGGCGGCUUCGAAGAAAACGAAACUCCCGAGACAUGUGGCUGUCGGUAUGAAGACGAAGAAGGAACACGAGGUCAAAUACUUCUCCGGCUACGUCGCAUCGUUAUCUGAUACCGUGGGCGAGUGUCGCGGUGAACCGGUGUCUCAUAUUGUGGAUUUUGGGUCCGGACAGAACUAUCUGGGGCGAACGCUGGCCAGCUCGCCGUUUCAUAAACAUAUCAUUGCAAUUGAGCGGAAGCAUCAGUAUAUCGCCGGUGCUAUGGGCAUGGACGUUUCGGCCAAGCUGCGGGAGAGGGAGAAGCCUAAGACGGUGUAUGUGCACAAUCGCAAAAAGUCAUGCGAUGACUGCAAUGGCACGCCGGAAGUGGCAUCAUCUGAUAAUUCGGUGGCGCAAUCUGAAACGGCAGAGUCGCAGACUUCCCCAAAUGUUCCAGUUCAAGGAGAGACUGUGGACGACCAGGAGGAUGUCACUACUUUCAAGAUGCUGGGCGAGAUCACCCUCGAACCCCACGAAUUACUCGGCUCGAUCACCAAGGGAGGACAAAAGCAGAAACCUGAACACGAGAUCGACACCCGGGGUACUAUCAGCUACAUCGAACACAAUAUUCAAGACGGAUACCUCGAGCCCAUAAUCGACCACGUGGUUAAUCCAUCUCCUGCAACUACACCGAGUGAGACCACCAUAGACGUAACAACCACCUCCAUAACAAUCGAAUCAGACAAGCAGCAAAAAAGUGAUGCCCGUGUCAUGGUCGUCUCCCUCCAUUCCUGCGGCAACCUCGUCCACCACGGCGUCCGCUCCCUAAUCCUCAACCCCUCCGUGGUAGCAGUCGCCAUGAUCGGCUGCUGUUACAACCUCAUGACCGAACGCCUCGGUCCAGCAACGUACAAACUGCCCGUCCUCUGCUCUCUUCACCCCCGUCUCCAAGCAACUGGAAACUCCUACGAUCCACACGGUUUCCCCAUGUCCAAAUACUUCGAGACAUACGAAAGCCCCGGCGCUGUCGGUAUGAAGUUCAACAUCACGGCACGCAUGAUGGCCGUGCAAGCACCGUAUAAUUGGGGCCACGAUGAUAGCGAACGCUUCUUCGCUCGGCAUCACUUCCGCGCGCUUUUGCAACGCAUCUUCGUCGACCGAGGGGUUGCGCCCAAACCCGGGAUUCCAGAGGAUCUCUAUGCCGAUGACGAGGGCGCCAAAACAACCGCGGCUGUCAUCAUCGGAUCACUCCCUAAGCGUGCAUUCGAAUCUUUCACUGCGUAUGUGCGCGCCGCAACAGUUAGACUCUUGCGAGACCCCAAGCAUCGUGCAAAGGUCCAACAGCACAUUGCGACGAUGACGGACGAAGAGAUUCAAAGCUACGAGGCGGAUUAUUUCCCCACGAAAAAGAAUCUGAGCGUCGUAUGGAGUUUGAUGGCUUUUAGUGCGCAGGUUGUGGAGGCGGUCAUCGUCGUGGAUCGCUGGCAGUUCUUGCGAGAGCAUGACUCGGUCAAGGAGUGCUGGGUUGAGCCUGUGUUUGAGUAUAGCGAGAGUCCGCGGAAUCUUGCUGUGAUUGGAAUCAAGAAGUGAGGGUUGUAGUAUGGGGAUUUUUCUGAUGUGAUAUGACUUGCCAAUGAUCUGAAUAGAUAGACGGGAUGUACAGGGGCCACUGGGGGCAUGCAUUACUGGGUGUUAUUAUAGACCGUUCAAAAGACCGUUCAAAAGAC